AUGGCCAAUACACUCUUUCUAAGCUUGGCCGCCGCUAUUGGACUUUUUGCAACGGCUUCAUCUCUCUCUACGGAGACUGUUCCCCUCGUGGUCGAAAGAGCUCCUUCGAAUGUUAGGCCAUACGUACUUCGAUACUCUACCGGAGAUGCUUAUCAAAUUGGCGCCGACAUAUACAGGGUCCUGGUGACAGAGCAGUCUUCAGGUGGCGCUUUCACCUUGUUUACGGAAAGCGGAAGGGAGAAUCUCCAGAUAACCACGCACCGCCACCAACGCUACUACGAAACCUUCUUCGCAGUCCGCGGAGGCAUGACGAUGUGGAUAAAUGGAGAAACGCGCGCACUACAGGCGUCGGACUUCGCUACUGUCCCUCAGAACCAAAACCACUCAUUCCAAUUCACAGAGCCCGAUACCUUGAUGGCGAGCUUCAUAGCACCAGGGGGUUUUGAAAAGUGGAUUUACAACGUCUCGGAACCCUUUUCGAGCGAGUUCGAUGCACCGUUCCCGCCGGAUCGACCACUGCCUUAUCCCGUGGGCAAGAUCGUUGCUGCAUCAGCUGACGGAAGCUUCGACAUUACGAUUGCCCCAGAUGCGGCCUUGUCGCACAACGUGACAAACGGUACCUCAAACCCAGGGUUGCCCUGGCAUAAUGGAAAUAACGAUUUGCCGGGUAACCCAGAUGAGCCGUACUUCGUCGCCAACAAUCGGGGCCCAAAAUUCCUUCAUCGUUCCGAAGGACAGGUUGUCGCGCCUCUAGUGAGCAGGAAUGAAACGUCCGGGAAUGCUACUAUCAGUAUUGUCACAAUCAGGAGCAGAGCGUUGGAUAGCGAAGUGCCGCUGCGGAGGUCGAGCGGGUCACAGGUAUUCCUGGUCCUAGACGGGCAGUUGAUGAUCUCUAUGGCAGGGCAGAAGCAGAGUCUCCUUACGGGCGACGUAGCCUUUAUCCCCGCUAAUACUGAGUACAGCUACUGGAGUGACGUUGCCUUCACUAGACUAUAUGUUGGGGCGACAUCUGGCGAUGAUGGUUUGACUGAUCAGUUGAUGAGAGAUGCAGAAUAUUGGGACUUCGCGCUGUAUCCUUCGAGCUAA